AUGAGUAAAUUCCCAUAUGACGCACUUAUGGAUUCUGUCAAAGAACUUAAUGAUAUUUUUCAUAGAUUGUAUAGACUAAAGAUAACAAGUGCAGGCGAAAUCAAUGCUUUUUUCAAAGAAAUUGAUAAUAAUUUUGGUGAUUGUCUUAAAUCUGACCUUCUUCAAGCAAUUUCAAGUGCUUUAAGAGCGAACAAUCGUUAUAUUAUGACUUAUUUGACUUUAAUGCAAAAGUUUUACCAAAAGUAUCCAGAUUUAAAUAGUCAACAUGAUUCAUCUCUUGGAGAACACAUUCUACAGAAAUACUUUGGAAUUACUGUAACUAAACCAUACCAAUUCAAAAUCAGUAACUUAUUAAAAUCAAUCAUUUAUGAUGACGUGAAAUUGCUUGCUCCUUUCACAGAACAAAAUGAAUAUUCUCAUCUUCAAGAGAUCGACUUUUCUUAUUUUCCAUGCGUGAAAAAUAAAUUAAAUCUUCUUGAAACAUGUUGUUAUUACGGUUCAGUUAAUUGUUUCAAGUUUUUAAGAUCAAAAUUCUCUUCAGGAGUCACAAAAGUUUGUCUUCAACUUUCAUUUUUAGGAGGAAAUCCCGAUAUUAUGAGUGAAUGUUUGAAAUAUCAAAAACCAAAUGAAAAAUGCAUGAAAUAUGCAAUUAUGUCUCACAACGUCGAUUUUGUUACAUAUCUAAUGAACGAACAUAAUAUUCCAAUUGACAUCAACAUGUGCAUAUAUUACGAUAACAUCCAAGCAUUUCUUAUUCAUUUCGAUCAAUCAAAUGAUAUGGAGAGAUUCAUUAUUGGAACAAUUGAUUUACUACUUUGUUAUCCAAGAUUUAAUUUAUCUGUAAUAACUAAAAUUGUUUUUUCUCUUUUACCUAAAAUUAUGGAUAAAAAAUACCAAGGACUCCUUAAUAGUGCAAAAGCAAUUCUUUUCAAUGAAUUUGAUGAUGUAGAUUUUAAUUUCAUUGAUGAUUACGUGAAAACAUUUCUUCAUUAUGUUGCAGAAUACUUUCAUUGGUCGAAUAAUGUUGUACUUUAUUAUAAUGAAGAAUCUAUCCUCAACAACCAAGACAAUGAAGGGAAGACAGCUCUUCAUUAUGCAACAAUUAGUGAUAAUAUAGAUUUUUUAGACCAAUUGAAAUUUUAUGAAAUAAAUACUGAAACACAAGACAAUGAAGGGAAGACAGCUCUUCAUUAUGCAGUAAUGAAUGAUAAUGAAUAUUUUACAAAACGAUUGUUAAAUUUUAAUGACAAAAGUACUGAAAUAUCCGACAAUGAUGGGAAAUUACCUUUACAUUACGCAGUAAUAGGUGGUAAUGUCAAAAUUGCGUUAGCAGUCAUAGAAAGAACCAGUAGGAUAAGAAAAAGGGAUAAUAAUUCGAAAUUUCCUCUUCAAUAUGCUGUCGAUGAUCCAGAAAUGUUUGAAAAUCUAAUUUAUGACCCAAAAACAUGA